AUGAAUGAACAGAUUCUGCCCACGAGUUUCACUCUACCGACAACAAUCCCCAAAGUAAACGUGCUUGGUGAUGAUUACAAAACGUCCGGCGGAUAUUUCCCUCGAGAACAAGAUGAGACGUACCACAAGAGUUCCCGCUCAGUACGCUAUCAUCCAUAUAACAUGCCGACCAGCCGCUCGGCUGACAAGGCUGUCUCGAAAAUGAGUUUUCUAAAUGAUUACAAUGAACAUCAAGUUUCUUCGUUUAUCUCCUUAUUCCCGGUGUCAUCGCCUGAGCUGCCGAAAGCUCCCGGAAAUGGUUCAUCUACAACAACCGUUCCAGAGCGUGAGAGUACACCAAGCGCAACAGACUGUUCGAUGACGUCACUGAAUUCCUUGUCACCAGCGUCAGUGAAUACUGAAAGUGUAACAAGUACUCCAUCCAGUAGUUCGUCUGUUUCCGUCAGCAGCUCGCCACAUACAGACGCCGAGUCAGAAAGCAGUGGCGAUAAAGAAUCGGACAAGAAAUCUAAAAAACCUGCGAGAACCAAUUACACGAAAGAGCAGCUGAAGUCACUGAUGACAAUCUUCCACGAAAAUCCGUACCCUGACUCUGAGAUGAUGGAGAACAUUGCCAAGGACUUCGGCGUCAAGGAUACCAACAUCAAGAUCUGGUUCCAGAACAAGCGCGCCAGGUGGCGCAGGCGAGUGGAGAACAUGAACAACUCGACUCAGUCACACAUGCUGCAUGCGACGCCGGUACCAUCACAAAUGCAUCCGUACAUACCCAUGUGCAGCAACUUUCCAGGCAUGCCUUUGUCGCAGAACAGCGGUUAUAUGUACUAUCCUUGGAUGCAGACUGGAACAUCAAGUCCAAACAACAACACUGGACAACAUGUUACUUUCAACCAGCUACCUUACAGACAGUCGACUUCAACAGCGUCUCUGACACCAUACUCUUCGUAUUACCACACCCCGUCUCCCAUGACAACCAGUUGGUGCCCCACCCCUGCUGCAACGCAUCAAGUGAUGGCGUCAGCACAAAGCACAAUGGCGUCCAACACGUACAAACAGUUACCACAGGUGGUAUCUGGGGCUCAUUUACAUUCUUUUGUUCGUUAA